AUGGGAUGGAGCCAUGCUCCAAACCUUCCAGCCUCCGUCCUGAUGUAUAGUGUGGAGGAGAACUCGGGGUGGCGGUUGAAUGCCAACCUCACAGCUCUUGCAAACAGUACGGAAAUGCUGGUGCUGGCUGACCUCAGUUCCGCAAACAUCGCGAUCUUUUACCAAGCACGAUGGAAUCUUCCUUUGAAUGUCUACAGCUUUGCCUACGACGGGACGUCCUGGAAUUUCGUGAACCUAGAGGUUUUCCCUAAAGGCAACGAUUGCUUCAAUGACGGUGGAUGUCUAAGGCUUGGGGGCAAUCUGAUGGUACUCAGACCAGAAGCCGCCACGGACGAUGUUUUUCAAACGUUUCAGUGGCAGGGGGCUAGCUGGUCCCUGGUACCGACUGCCAACCUCAGAAGUCCACCGCACGAGGCACAACCAAGUCUUGCGGUCGAUGGGCAGCGUCUCAUCUUGUUCACUUUCACACGCAGCGCCACCCCUACGCUCAGGACCGUGCCCGUUCUUUCCUUGUACGAGUGGGCAGGAAACUCCUGGAGUGGGCCGGUAGCCAACUUCACUUCCUUCGUUUCUGAGCCCAUCGAGUAUCCCGUCGGAGUCGCCCUGGAUGGCAAUUACAUGCUGGCGGCCACGCACACUACAUUGACAUCACCUCUACAGCAGUCAUACAUAUUCAUCUACGAGCACAACGACGGCUCAUGGGAGGAGGUCUACCGCCAAGAGGUGGGAGAGUUUAUCACCGAUGUCGAUAUUUCCAGCUCUGGCAAGGCAGCAGUGGCAGUUGCAUCAGAACUCGUAUUUCGGGUCCUCUUCUUCGAGAGGGGCGCCGAUGAUGCUUGGGGACCAACACAGACAUUGGUCUUAAACGGGGCUAUAGAGGACGUGGAGGUGGGCAUCGGUGGUGCUGCCGCAGUAGUGGCUUCGUUUGUCUCAGAUGGUAAUGAUGGAUACAACACGACCGCCAACGGCAGGAUCAUUGGUUGCAACGCAACCGUACCGACCACUCCGAUGCCGUCAUACAGGUACUCGUACUGCCCAAAGUGGUGUGCUAUCGUCCAUUGGUGGGUCUGGUGGUGCAGGUACUGCACGUACAGGCAAGCGAAGUGA